AUGGUUGGCGAGCGCUACAGACACCCAGCAGUCGGAAGUACUCAGAAACAAAAGCGAACGUUGGUGGCCGUCAGCGCCUGUUUCACGGUCCUCUCCGUAGUGAUCUACUUUCACAAUAUCACACCAUAUCACAUGAACUCUGUCUCCUGUCAUCUAUGGCCGAUGAAAGCUCUAUGUUCGCUGAACCAAUACAUUGACUCGUUCGUCGUUGAGCAGGUGAUCGAAUUUCUUCGGUUGGCUAACAGCAUCGCCACCCCGUUACUUCUGUUGGACAUCGAUUGGCUGUUGUGCGUUAAGUCGAGGCUCGACCACUGCUUGAACUUGGAAAGCAAAACAGAGUAUCUCUUUGGAAUUUUGCAACAGAACCAAUUUUGGCUGCUUCAGCUGGAACAUCUCCUCGAAUUCCAAAAUUGGACUGUGGUAUCCUACCCAAACGGCAGCGUGUUUCGGCAUGGACAAAUAUCGGUUGCGGUUUCAGUCAUAGAAAACCGGACCUCUUACUGGUACCUGCACCCGGCACCGGCAGCUCACGUGGAUGCCAGGGCAUUCACUAUCCAGGGUUUCGAAACCUUCCGUGCGUUUUCAGCCGAGGGCAUCGGCCUCCCACGACCGCUCGACGAGUACACUGAACAGUGGAGCAAGUCCCGCUUCCUCGACUGCAACCGUACGUCCGCUACACAUUUGCGAAAAACGCAGCCAGAGCUGUACAAAACGCCGGUGAUCAACGAUUCCGCCGUCACGGACCUGGCCUAUUUGCGAGAUCGCCUCCGACAACACUCGAUUAAGACAAUUCUAUUCGGUGGAACGCUUUUGGGUAAGAUCAGGGUUCUUUCGGUAGCGAAACAGCGUGUAUAUGUCAACCGCUUUUUCAUCCUUUGAAC